AGAGCGCCAAAACAUAGGGAGACCUCAUCCCUGUCACCAAGACAGACUUCCUCACCGCAGCCAGCGGUGGAACUUCCCCGGGGACCAUCGUCGUCGUGCUGGAAGCCUCCCCAGCUCUCUGAGGAUGAUAUCCGGCUAAAAAACCAGAGAGACAACUGCAGCAGGGCCAACCCCUUGGAGCCUGCAACCAGCUCCCUUCCCCCAGAUCACAAAAACAUGGAAAUUGAGGUCUCCGUCGCAGAAUGUAAAAGUGUUCCCGGUACCGCGUCUACCCCACAUUCCAUGGACCACGCCUCUCCUUUCUACUCACCCCCCCACAACGGCCUCCUCAGUGAUCACCAUGAAGCUCUGGAUAAUGAUGUGGCCAGAGAGAUCCGCUAUCUAGAUGAGGUGCUGGAAGCCAGCUGCUGUGACUCUGCUGUGGACGGAACUUACAACGGUACCUCGUCCCCGGAGCCCGGAGCAGCCAUCGUGGAGGGUAGCGCAAGCCCACCUGCCCACGCGGCCAUCCAGCCGGAACCCACCGAGAGGGCAGCUGGCAGACAGGCCCCUCCCCACACUGAGCUCAGCACCAGCUACUCUGACGCCAUGGCAGAGGGUGGAAAAGCCAACGGCCACUCCCCUGCCCAGCCCCGAGACCUGCAGGGGGACAGCCCCCAGGCCCCCGUGAGCCCCGGCUCCUCCAGCAGCUCGCGGUGCUCGGGCCGUGAUGGGGAGCUCACGCUCACCACGCUGAAGAAGGAGGCCAAGUUUGAGCUGCGUGCCUUCCACGAGGACAAGAAGCCCUCCAGGCUCUUUGAGGACGAUGAGAAUGAGAAGGAGCAGUACUGUGUCAGGAAGGUGAGACCUUCGGAAGAGAUGCUGGAGCUGGAAAAGGAAAGGAGAGAGCUCAUCCGGAGCCAGGCGGUGAAGAAGAAUCCCGGCAUCGCGGCCAAAUGGUGGAAUCCUCCCCAGGAGAAGACCAUCGAGGAGCAGCUGGAUGAGGAGCAUCUGGAGUCACACAAGAAGUACAAGGAGCGCAAGGAGAGAAGGGCACAGCAGGAGCUGCUGCUCACGCAGCAGCAGCCCCCACCACCGCAGCCCUGCGUGGCCCCCGCCCCCUCCCGCGAGCACGCCAGCGCCCCCGACCAUGCCAAGGAGGACAUCGUCACCGAGCAGAUAGACUUCUCUGCUGCUCGCAAGCAGUUCCAGCUCAUGGAGAGCUCCAGGCAAACGGUGGCCAAGGGCCAGAGUACUCCCAGGCUCUUCUCUAUCAAGCCCUUUUACAGGCCUUUGGGAUCAGUCAACUCAGACAAGCCCCUGACCAUCUCGAGACCAGCUUCCAUCGGGGGACCGCUGGAAGACGGUGGUGCACCAGCAGCCAAGGGGCAGAAAGCCAGCUGUGCCCUGGACAGCCAGUCUUUGGGGGGAAGCCAGGGCAGCACAGCUCCUCAGGGGAAAGAAGGGCCCUACAGUGAGCCUUCCAAACGCGGGCCCUUAUCCAAACUGUGGGCAGAGGAUGGGGAGUUUACCAGUGCCCGGGCUGUCCUCACUGUGGUCAAGGAUGAGGACCCCGGGAUCUUGGAUCAGUUUUCCAGGUCAGUCAAUGUUUCUCUCACCCAAGAGGAGCUUGACUCUGGUUUGGAUGAAUUGUCGGUGAGGUCCCAGGAUACCACUGUCCUGGAGACCCUGUCCAAUGAUUUUAGCAUGGACAACAUCAGUGACAGCGGGGCGUCCAACGAGACCACCAACGCCCUCCAGGAGAACUCACUGGCCGAUUUUUCUCUGCCCCAGACUCCACAAACUGACAACCCUUCAGAGGGCCGGGGAGAAGGCGUCUCCAAGUCAUUUAGUGAUCAUGGUUUCUAUUCCCCUUCGUCUACACUGGGAGACUCGCCAUCAGUGGAUGAUCCCUUGGAAUAUCAGGCUGGUCUCCUGGUGCAGAAUGCCAUUCAACAAGCCAUAGCUGAGCAAGUGGAUAGAGCCGUGUCCGAAACCAGCAAGGGUGGGACAGAGCAGCAGGGACCUGGGGCAACUCUAGAAGAAGCCGAAACUGGGGCUCCCGGCUCAGAGAAGCCUCAGAGCAUGUUCGAACCACCCCAGGUGUCCUCUCCCGUUCAAGAGAAAAGGGAGGUGUUACCAAAGAUUCUGUCUGCCGAAGACCGGGCGCUCAGGGAAAGGGGGCCUUCCCAGUCGCCGCCGGCAGUGCAGCCCAGUGGCCCGGUGAACAUGGAGGAGACCAGACCGGAGGGGAGCUACUUCAGCAAGUACUCGGAGGCAGCUGAGCUGAGAAGCACAGCCUCGCUCCUGGCCACUCAGGAGUCCGAUGUGAUGGUUGGGCCCUUCAAGCUGAGGUCCAGGAAGCAGCGGACUUUGUCCAUGAUCGAAGAAGAGAUCAGAGCAGCCCAGGAGAGGGAAGAGGAGCUGAAGAGGCAGAGGCAAGUCUUGCAGAACACCCAGAGCCCCCGGGCAAAGAACGCCCCGUCCCUGCCCGCCCGGACAUCGUGCUACAAAACCGCGCCAGGGAAAAUAGAGAAAGUCAAACCUCUUCCAUCCCCCUCACCUGAAGGCCCCAGCGCGCAGCCUGACUUAGCUCCUGAAGAGGCUGCCGGAUCCCAGCGGCCCAAGAAUCUGAUGCAGACCCUCAUGGAAGACUAUGAGACACACAAAUCUAAAAGGCGUGAGAGAAUGGAUGAUAGUAGUUACACCUCUAAGUUACUGUCUUGCAAGGUGACUUCCGAGGUCCUUGAGGCCACACGGGUUAAUCGAAGAAAGAGCGCCCUGGCCUUGCGCUGGGAGGCAGGGAUUUAUGCCAACCAGGAGGAAGAGGACAAUGAAUAACAAACUUCUUUCACCCAGGAAGCUUCUUUGGUGCUUGGGUUCCCAAGAAACCAAGAAAUCCACACAUCAAAGCAUUUUAAUGGAAUAUUUAUUAAAGUGCGAACAAACUCCACAAUCCUUAUGUAGACCAGAAGCUGCAAUGACCAAUGAUGAAAAAUCAAGUGAAAAGAAGCCCACCCAUCAAACCCUAGAAACACCCAGGAGUCAAAAGAGAAUUGAUUUUUUUUUUUUUUUUUUUGAGACUCAAAGAAUCACCUGGGUUUGGACCAGUCCUUCGACUCAAAAGGACAAAGCAGUAACGAGUCAACGUGGCUGCCACAGGCAGAACUAAGACCAGCCUCUCUGGGUGAUGAGGACAGACAUUGGUAACAGGGCCAUGUAGAGCAGUAGAGCCCACGCCAGUGCAAGCCACGGGGCCUGGGGUACUUCCUACACCGGCUUCCCACCUUCACUCAUGGCAUCCCAGGUGUUGGGAUAACUCCGUUUACUCCAGCAGCCAUAAAACGAAAUGCAAUUUUCUCUCUAUCUGCCCGGAAGAGACAAUUAUGAUUCCAUGUCUCUUCCAUUUAGUUGUUUUUAAUUGGGAGCAAUCAAUGAUGGCAAUACCUAAAAUCCACCUUUUGGAGACCGUGUUUCUUCAUGUUGCAAAUACAAUCUAUUCUACAUGAAGGGGUCAAGAAGGAAGGAGAAAGCCAAACCAAAUGGAUUGUUUUAGCUUUAGGAUCUCGUCUGGUUUGAGUAUUGACUAAUUUGCUGUUCAUGAGAACACAUUUUCACAAUUAUGUUUCUCUUCACACGAAAGCUCUAUUUAGUGGGCAACAACUAUUUUUAUGAUGGGAUGGGGGGAGUGUAUCCAUGUAUGAAACCUGUACACAUUCAACAGGUUGGCUCAACAGACGGUAGGGAUAUUUUUGGAGUGGCAAUAAUUGAAAAAGGGCAAACUCUGCCUGAGGCAGAGGACAGGAAAUAAAAAGGUGUUUAUAGCUAUAUUUUAUAUUAUAAACUGGACCUUGGGAGGGAGAAUGAUAGAUUAUUUUGGAUCAGUCAGAAAGGAAACAUUAAAGAAAAGGUCAUGAAGGUAGACAGAAAAACAGGGAGGGAGGAAGUGGGAAAAUAAGGAAGUAAGAGAUACUAUUUUUGCUGAGCAACCAGCGUUUUUCAGGACAAUAAAGAGAAAAAUAUAGAAUAGAAAUUUAAGUGCAGGCUUGGAAUCAGCUACAAUUCCUAAAGAUGGUUAUGUGUGUACACGUAUGUGUGUGUGUGAGUGUGUGUGUGCCUUUGUGUGUUUGGGUAAAGUGUGUGUACAAGGAUGAAAAUUCCAGAAUGAUCAUGGGACAAGGGUGUACAGUUAUUUCCUCCAAAGCUGUUUGCCAGUGUCGGGAGUGAGUGAGAAUUUCUUUUUUAUGAAAAGGGAUAUAGAGGCACUGACCUGAUACAGUAUUUGUAAUAUUAAAUUGACCUAACCUGGUAUUUGCAUGAGUUGCAAUUGAAAAGUUUGGAGCGGUUUUGUAAUUUGACAUUGAGAAAAGUACCGUAUUUAUUCUCAUGCUUUGUAUUCAUAGCUUAGUACACUGUGGAGGACGCCAGCUUUGCUCUCUGUCAUUUAAAGCAAUAUGAAAAGGGUAUUCCAUAAUUGGGUGCCCUGAAUUUCUGGAUGAGAAACAUUUUUAAUUCUGGCCAUGAGAAGAAAAAAACGGACCAGCC